CAAAAUAUUUUUGCUAUAAAAAUUCAUUUUAGUGACGACUAGCGAAAAGUAAACAAAAAUAAGUAAUUUUAUACUUUAUAUUUAUAACUAAUAAACAUUUAACAGCUACCGGUAUAAAUGUUUCGGUGAAAAUAGUGUUUCGACAAAUAAAAAAGCAAAUGGUAUCUUCAGAUCUGUAAAUUCAUAAACACUUAUCAGUGAAAUUUUUCUACAUAUAGUAGUGCUGCUUAUUGUUACAUAGAAAUCAUAAGGAUGUCGACGGCUAUGACAUUUGGUCAGAAACAAUUUAUACCUACUGCACCAGAUAAGGGGAGCUUUCCUUUGGAUCAUGAUGGGAUUUGCAAAAAAAGUAUGGUCAGGUACAUGAAUUGCUUGUAUAGUAACAAUAGUGACAAUUCAAAGUGCAGAACUGAAGCCAAAGAGUACUUAGCUUGCCGAAUGGAUCAUGGCUUAAUGGCUAAAGAGGAUUGGUCUAAAUUAGGUUUUAAAGAAUUGUCAUCAUAAAGAUUGUUAAUGUUUUUGUUUAUAACUAGUCUUAAUUAGUAAAUUAAAUGAAUUUGUGAAUAAGUUUUGUUUAAUU